UGGGUAACUAGCCAGUCUAGCCCUGAACCUGAAAUCCAUUAUGAUGGCAUCUUGCAUUGGUCCACGACUAUUUAGUAUGCUGAUAAUAGUUUACUGACGCACUACAGAAACAAUCAGAGUAUAUCCGAGGGAAGCGCAUAUGCAACUAUGAAAGUGACAGUCGACGCUGGCAUGGAUGGGAAUGACGUUUCCAUGAUGUGUUACACACAUUUACCUGGUAAUCUUAGGGACUCGCUACAUGAAAAGUUGCAAACUGACCCCUGCACCUACUAUUCUCUACUACUGCACUCGACCAUCUUCUAUGCCACUGAUCAAUCUGUUCCCCAAGCUUCCGAUAGGGCUGGGAUACUCUGUCGACAAGACGAAUGGGUGUUGAGAUUGAUUGCUACGUGGUCGUCGUUUGCCGGUGACACGUCACGUGCACGGAGGCAUGCAGACUUUGGUACCGUACCUAGAAGUUGGUUUCUUUUCUUGCCUACUACACAUACCAUGCCUGUCUACAGGGACGCGGGGAGGGCUGGCUUGUGUUUGCACGAAAUAGCAUGGGUUCCCUAUAUCUGCCAUACACAUGUCAGACUCCAAAGACAUGGAGGGCCUUGAUACUUGGGU